UUAUCUGGCUGUAGACAAGGAGAGCUAGAAACAGCCACAGCUCCCUUUGCCGACUGGUGCACAGAGGGAGUGUAUAUGUUUGUGUCUGUGUUAUGUGUCUGUGGAUGUGUGAGUCUGAAGCGUGAACUGUGGAUGAUGCAUUGGGUUGCAACUGGAGCUGCUGCUGGUGAAUAAUGCAGACAAGGGCACGGAGUUUGGAUAGCAUGCAGGGAGCUAGAUUAAUAAUGCAUCCUGUGGAGUUACAUGCUCUGUAUUAGUUAGUUUUGCUGGAACCUGUAGCUGCCUACAGUCUGCCUACCUGUGUUACUGACUUCCCGCCUACCUUUCUCCCUGCCUUGCCAGCCUUUCUAUCUGACUGGUGGACUGUCUGACUUACUCAGAAAAUGUCUCACUACCAUUUCAUCAAAUGCUGUUGCUUCCAGCUAUGUAAUGUGUUUCGUCAGAACAUGGAGAUAGACCAGUGUCUGCUGGAGUCUCUCCCCGUUGGCCAGCGGCAGCGGCUGGUCAGAAGGAUGCGCUGUGACCAAAUAAGAGCGUAUUAUGAGAGGGAAAAAAACCUUCAGCGCCAGCAAGGUGGGAUCAAGAUUCGAGUCCCUCCCAUCCACCGCAAGAAGCAUAGCGUCCGUUUCAGCCAUGUCGACGUCAUACAAGAUGCCAUCAUUCGUCAUGACGACAAAGAAGUGUUACAUCUCCUGAAGGAGGGAGCUGACCCCAACACUCCCAUUUCUUCCGGGGGAUCGUUGCUACAUCUGUGUGCUCGGCAUGACAACGUGUUCGCGGCAGAGCUUCUGAUUGAACGAGGCCUGAAUGUUAACCUGCAGGACGAAGACCUCUGGACAGCCCUACAUGUAGCAUGUGUGUGUGACCAUGCGGAUAUGGUGCUGCUGCUGCUGCUGGCUGGAGUGAACGUUAUGCUGCAGGACGUCAAUGGAAACAUUCCUCUGGACUACGCCUCUGAGGGAACUGAGAGCAGCUACAUUCUACGUAAACACCUGGAGGAAAAUGGUGUGGAUGUGUCAUCCGUGCAUGCCAUAAAGACACAGAGACCCAGCACCAUGUUGUCUGAUGUUAGACAACUUGUAGCCACAGGAGGAAGCCUCAACCAGCCCAGUGAUGAUGGUGUCACUCUGCUUCACAUAGCAUGUGCCAGUGGUUACAGGGAUGUGGUGUGCUUGCUGCUGCAGAGUGGGGCAGAUCCUCAUCCUGCUGACAACAACUUUUGGACCCCCCUCCACCUGGCUGCUAAAUAUGGACAGACAAGCAUCGUUAGCCAGCUCCUGAGGCACAGGGCAAAACCGACCGACAUUGCAGCAUCACAGCCCAUAGCUGAUAUGCUUCUGAAUGCAGAGGAGAGCUGGCUGCAGAGGCUGAAGGACCCCUCCGCUCCUCUGCCCGCCACUGACCAACACUAUGAUGGAGGCUCUCACGACAUCAACACUCCUGUGAAAAACUUGCAUCCCCUAGGUCUCACUAUUGCUAAACGGGACAGUCUGCUGGAGAAGUGUGCCAUGUUUACAGAUGCAUUUGGUUCACUAAGCCGACAGCCAUCGCAGGACAAUGGCCUAGAUGGUCCAUUUAACUCCGGAGCCAGUAAACUUGAGCAGGUCAAGCUGAUGCCUCCAGCACCCAAUGACGACCUGGCUUCCCUCAGCGAGCUGACCGACAGCAGCCUGCUCUAUGAGAUGCAGAAGCGCUUUGGCAAUGACCAAAUCUAUACUUACAUUGGGCACAUUGUUCUGCUGGUCAAUCCAAACAAAGAACUUCCAAUCUAUUCCUCUCUGGUGAGUCAGUUGUACCUGAGCUCCACAGGUCGUCUGUGCUCCUCUCUGCCCCCUCACAUCUUCUCCUCAGCAGAGAGAGCUUAUCACAUGAUGCUGCAUGAGAGACACCCGCAGUGUUUCAUUUUAAGUGGUGAAAGUGGUUCUGGGAAAACUGAGGCAUGCAAGCACAUAGUGAGACAUCUGACAGCCCGCUCCAGCCCCAAAGGCUUUGCGCUGGAAUCCAGAAUGAAACAUGUGAACUGUAUUCUGGAAGCCUUUGGUCAUGCAAAGACCCAGAGGAACAACAACUCAAGCCGUUUUAUGAAGCUGUUGACCAUCCAAUACUGUGAUAAGAGGAGGAUGCUGCUCCGAGCUCGUGUCCACACCUACAUGCUGGAGAAGUCUCGUCUGGUCCACCUGCCUCCUCACCAACACAGCUUCAGCAUCUUCUAUCUGAUGGCUGAAGGCCUGAUGCCUGAGGAGAAGAGUGCACUUUAUCUCAACAACGUUCUGGCUCAUAGGUAUCUUAGUGGAGGAUUUCCAGGAGAGAAUCUUCCAGUACCUACAGCCUCUACACAGAGCAGGGAAUGCCUGGUAGCAGUCAAGCAAGCCCUGCGAGCCCUCGGCUUCAAUAAACAGGAGGUUGACUCAGUGUUUACACUGCUAUCUGCUGUGCUCCAUAUUGGGGACCUGCGUUUUACUGCAUUGACAGAUGCCGAUACAGCCUUUCCUUCUGACUUGCAGCUGCUGGACAAAGUUGCUGGAAUGUUGCAGGUUUCCUCCAGUGAUUUAAGCACUGCCCUCACCUCAGACAUUCAGUAUUUCAAAGGGGAUGUGAUCACUCGGCGGCAUACAGUAGAAAUGUCAGAGCAAUACAGAGACCAGCUUGCGAAGGCCAUCUAUGGACGCCUCUUCAACUAUCUGGUGAACAGUAUCAACGAGUACCUGCAGGGACAAGAUGACAGCAUUGGUGAUCCUGCCUUGGAAAUUGGGAUCUUGGACAUCUUUGGGUUUGAAGAUUUUCAGAGGAAUGGAUUUGAACAGCUAUGCGUGAACGUGACCAAUGAGCGGCUGAGGCAGUACGUCUCUGAGGUGCUGUUCCAGCAGGAGCAGGCUGAGUGUCUGCAGGAGGGUAUUCCCAUGGAGACCCCACACUCCCCUGGAAACCAGUCAGCCGUUUUAGACUUUUUUCUUCAGAAGCCUCAGGGACUGCUGUGUGUGCUGGAUGAGGAGAGCCAGAGCCUGCGGCCAGCGGAGCAGACCCUUUACAAGAGGCUAUCAGCCCAGCUGGACUCCAACCCGGUUCAUGGCCUCUCUCUCACUACCAAGGAUGGCAACGGAAACCCUCCACCCAAAGAUCAGGGCCCAGCUUUCACUGUCAGCCACUAUGCUGGACAGGUUUCAUAUGACCUGACAGGAUCGCUUACAAGGAAUAAGGACUCCUUUCCUCAGAAUCUCUUGUUUACAAUGAAGUCCAGUGAGAGUGUGUUACUGCAGAAGCUCUUCCAGGCCAAGCUGACUCAGACUGGAUCUCUGGUGCCAGCAGCCCAGGGAUGCAUAGGGCUAAGGGGGCCUAAAGCCGCCUUGUUGCUCCAAAGAAUGCAGUCAACCUCCCAUGUCCCUGCCAGCUUUGUCCCCCAAAAGCCCCGGAGGUACCAUGACCUUACCAAGAUCUUGAAGAAGAAAGGUUCAAGUUCCUUCCUCCAAAGGCUAGAAAGGUGUGGACCCAUCACAGCAGCUGUCCAGCUGAGGAACUCACUGUCAGAGGUGAUCAGUAAACUUCAGGCUUGCACUCCCCACUUUGUGGAGUGUGUGCGCCCCAACACUAGCGGUCAGCCAGGCAGUUUUGACAGCUUCCAUGUGUCUACCCAGCUACAAUACAUCGGGGUGCUUGAGAUGGUGCGCGUGAUCCGUUAUGGCUACCCUGUCCGCCUGUCGUUCCCAGGCUUCCUCAGCAGAUAUAAAGACCUUGUGGUCCCAACUUUGGGAGACAAGAAGAAAUUGUCACCAGAGGAGCGAUGUCGCUCAGUUCUGCAACAGUCCAAACUCCAAGGAUGGCAGAUGGGCAGCAGUAAAGUGUUUCUGAGGUACUGGCAGGCAGACCAGCUCAACGACCGCUGCUACCAGCUUCACAAAAAGACCAUCACCUGUCAGAAAGUGGUCCGUGGGUGGCUGGCCAGACAGCGGGUUCAUCGCAGGCUGUCACUACAGCAGAAAGAGGAGUGCAGUGUGCAGCGUUUCCUCCAGGGGGCAGAGGACAUGGGGCUGCGAACCUAUGACCAAUUGGUCAUCCAGAAUGCAUCGGACAUUGCACGAGAGAGCGACCGCUUGCGCUGCCAUGGCAACAGCCUUCUGAAUAGUCUUAGCAACAGCCCACCACUUGGUGAGAGGCCUGAACCGGUGGGCAAGGAGGAGGAUCAGCCUGUCAGGAGGGUUGUGGAGAAAAGUGGGAAAGUCCAGGAGGGCCCUGUCAAUGGGGGCAGUCGGGUUAUUCGUCACUUUCGGUCCAGCUCAGUUCCCACCCCUCUCGCCAUGGAGAGCAUGGUCCAUUCCUCUAGUCCACCCAUCAAACCUGCCCUGCAGCAGCUAGCUCAUACCAGUGAGGACGGAGCAGGUGGAGGAAGUCUUUCCUCUCCUAGGAAGCAACCUCCUCCCAAACCAAAGAGGGACCCCAACACUCGUCUGAGUGCAUCUUAUGAAGCAGUUAGUGCCGGGUUGAUGAUGGCAGCCAAAGAGAACCCCACUCCAGAGGGCUAUGGUUCGCCAGCUGGAAGCCCCCCUAAAGCCCAGCUGUCCCCCACAGACCCUGCAGGUUUGUCCAAGCCCCGCCCUCACAGUGAUGACUACACCACCAUGAGGAAGGUGCCACCCCCAAAACCUAAGCGAAGUCCCAACACUAAGCUCACAGGCUCGUAUGAGGAGAUCAAUGCUGUAGCACCCCAACUCCACCAGCUGCGGCCCGCUGAUGUAAAGCUGGCCUUGCUGUCCCGUGCUGGAGGAUUUGGAGGUUUUGGUGGUUUGAUGCAGAAAGCAGCCUCCAUAGAUACUCCACAAGGGGUAGCACUGAGCCUGUACCAGGACCAUGAUGAAGAGGAUGUGUACAUAGAGAUGUUGGGCUCCCAGCCACGGGCACGGAAUCUCCAGGAGCCCCCUGAUAGUCCAGAACAGGCUGACUCAGAAGCUGUCUAUGAGGAGAUGAAGUAUUUCCCUCCUGAAGAUGGUGGACCUCCUGCUGCUGGGGUUACCAAAGCAGCCAAACUGGAGGCUCUAGGCUUAGGCCUGGUGGGAUUAGGGUCCUCUCCUCCUCAGAGCAGGGAGACCAAACGCAUGGCAGCAGGGGGGAUCACUGCCAUGGACAUUGCUCACUCACAGAGUACAUUUACAGGUGGAGCUCCCAAAUCUCAGCACGGAAAAGAUGGCAGCUGUGAUAUCCCUGCUCCUUUCCCCAACUUGCUCCCACACCGUCCACCUCUUCUGGUGUUUCCCCCCUCACCCGUUACCUGCUCUCCUGCUUCUGAUGAAUCACCACUCACCCCACUAGAGGUAAAAAAGCUACCAGUGUUUGAGACAAACCUAAACUAUGCCACUGGUCCAGACAGCCCCCUGUCCCCACAGUAUGCCCGCCAGAGGGCUGAUUCCUCCCCUAGCCUCACAGUCCUUAUGCCAGAGAAGAAGUCUACACCGCCACUCACUCCUCCGCCUGCACCUCCACCUCCUCCCCCCAGUGCCCCCCCUCCUCCCUACAGACCUCCUUCACACUUCACCUUCCCACCUGAGGCCAGCUUCCUAGCUCUGACGCGAGCAACAUCUGUCACAGGGGGCUCAGAUUCCCCCAAAACACCUUCACAAAGGGCAGGUGGGGAGCCACUGGGGAAGCCACCUCCCUACUCCCCAGUGAAGAUGUCUCGUCCCGAGCCUCGAAGAGCACACUCAUGCUCCUCCUCUCCCCUGCUGUUCAACCCAGCCAAUGGCAGGCCGCUGACCAGCCCCAUGGAUGAGCUCAACACUCUGUUCAGCUCUGGGCGCAGCCUGCUGAGAAAGUCCACGUCUGGCCGCAAGAUGAGAGAUGGAGGAUUCAAUUCUAAUAUCAAUUUGCCAGGGAGG